AUGGAAGAAGGGGAGGAGGAGGCGGAGGCGGAGGCGGCGGCAGUGGUGGUGGUGGUGGUUGUGGUGGUUGACAGUGCCUUGCAACAGUAUGGCAUAAGGAGGAGGAAGCGAUAUCACCACUUGACAGCUGCAUCGCAACAGCUACCACCAAGUUCCUGCACCACAAUCACCAACGCCAUUGUUCGAGCAACAGGAGGAAUCUGUUGGUGUCACCCAGGCUCAGAGGGGUGA